GCCGAUGCUGCUUGUAUGAAGACCGUCAGCGCGUCACAUCUGAAUUUCUGAAGGUACUUCACAUCAACUAUCAGAUCGUUGGCCCAAUUACGCGCUUUUCAUCAUGGUUGCAAGCGACAAUGAGGAAACAGCACAAGAUGUCCAUACUUCCUCCCUCCCGUACUUGCGGUCUCCUCUGCCUUCGAUGAAUUCUAAAAUCCCACCUCUAUCGGUGAAUGACAAAUCAAGUACACAAGUAAAGGACAAACAAACUAUCGGGACACCUCUUUCGUCGGUGGUGGAGCUAUGCGGGAACACGGCCCAGCUGGACGCUCACAGGCCUCUCCCGUCCGUCACAGGACUGUCGCCUGCUUCGGAAUCUGUCCAAAUUACUACAACUGAACACUCGCCUGCUGUCGUGCCGUCUGGUACAGACGUUACGAUCCGACUCCAGACCGAACUGCUAGCUACCGCCGACGAACUGUACCGCAAGGAUAUAGAUGGUCACGGUGAAGGACGCGCAGGGAAGGCUCCUGAGCGGAUUUCAGUAAUGCCGCUACCGCCAUUUUCAAAGCGCUUCCCUAAGGCAAAUACGCAAGAGUUGACAGAUGAGGAUUAUUGGUCUUCGUUUCCGCCACACAUAAAAAACUUUGCGCAAAAAAUGUACAAUAUUGCGCAACAGAUGGUACAGUCCGAUGCCGUGCUGAAGACUGGAUUCAGCGCGACUGAAGCUACCACGAUAACUGCGAGGGCCAGCAUGGACGUUCCAGGGUGUCCUCCAGGAACGUAUCCGUCGCUACCUUUUGAUCCAUCAAUUUUCUCUGAUCCCGAGUUCACGUUAUCGGUAGACCGAGCAACAGCUGCUCUGGGGACUACUUUGCCAUCACCUGGCCAAUCGCACCUUCCUGAGUUCGGUCAAGAGGAGUUUAUCGAGGAUGACUACAGCGAAGAUGGUGAUGCUGUAGACGGCGACAUUGAGGAUCAAGACCUCGAUGAGAACGAUUCUGAUCUGCAGCCACAAUCAACAUCAGUUCCGCACGCGCCACAUUUCCAUGGAUCGCUGCCUGCGACCUUUGCGCAGGUAGUUCUGAGCUACGAGGAAACGGUUUUGCGAAGUGGGCCGCUUUCGACUGACUUCAGAACUAAGUUAUCAAUGCCUGCUAUGCCAAUGCUAGCGGCGCCUGUUGAGGAAUUGGUAUUUCAUAAGAAAAACAAGAAAGUCUCUAUGAAAGUGCCGGCGGUUAGCGCCGAAAGUCCGGUAGUGCCGGGACAGGGAGUGGGAAAGGGAGGUGCGGCACCGGGAUCGGCGCUGGAAAAGGGUAGUGGAAGGACCGGUGGAGAAUUGAGGAAGCGCUCACUGCCUCUCACCGCCAACGCCAUGCCUGCAGCACGAGCAGCGACAAAAGAAAAUAUAUCUUCCAAUCCUCCACCGAGCUCCCGUGCACAGGGAAAACAGCCUAUGUCGUAUGCACCGCCAACAACGACAGCCACAGCGACGACGACGACUACCCCAACAACGGCCACGGCCACUGUCAAUGGCCAGCAACCAACAAGAACGGCUCGUGCGGCAUCAAAGGCACCGAUUCCUGCGCACGCCUACCAGCAUAAUCAUUCUCAUCAUCAUCCAUCGCCUCCAUCAUCUAAUGCAUCCGUGCCACAGAAACAUCGUCCUCCGGCAACCGCUGCUCCAGGUAAAUCCUCUCAGAACAACUCCAAGAUCUGGAGUACUAGCUCGACAGAGGAGCGUGAGGACGAGCGUCGCAAUUUGGUCAAGAUCGAGAAGGAUACUGUUCUCCGGAAGAUGAAAGAGCAGCAGAAGCACAGUUGCAGUUGUGCUGUCUGCGGCAGGAAGCGACAUGCGAUCGAGGAAGAGCUUGAGGUACUGUACGAUGCUUAUUACGAGGAGCUAGAACAGUACGCGAACUACCAGCAGCGCUAUGUCUCCUCUGGUGGCACCAUACCUCCUCCCCCUGGGCCAGGUCCAUUUCCCGGUAGCGUCGAACUCGAUAAGAACGGUGCUGUUAUCGGUCAUCCCCCAAAUAAAGUUUCCCAUAAUCCCCCGCCAUCUAAUAGAACACCAGCCCUGACGAACGGCCGAAAACCUCCGAAACAUGAAAAGGAGGAGUAUGAAGAAGACGAGGAAGAGGAGGAGGAGGAUGAAGAUCCGGAAGAGGAGGAAGAAGAAGUAAAACCACGAGAUCGACGUAAUCCCGGUGUUCGCGGACGAAGGCCUGUGAAUAACGCGAAGGUUAAUGGUCGCGACGGUCUGUUCAACCUUGGGAGUAGUUUGACUGUAACUGAGAUGAUGGAGCAACUUGCUGAGCGUCGAAUGCAGCGAGAAGAGGAAGCGGCUGCUGAUGUUGAAGAUGACAGUGAUGAAGAGGACGAUGAGGAAGGUGAGGACGAUGAUGACGACGAUGAUGAAGAGGAAGAGGACGAUGACGACGACGACGAUGAGGAGGAGGUGAUGACCGAGGAGCAGAAGAUGGAGGAGGGCAAGCGGAUGUUCUCCAUUUUCGCUGCUCGGAUGUUUGAACAGCGUGUCCUUCAAGCGUUUCGAGAAAAAGUUGCACAGGAACGUCAAAUGCAGCUUCUGCGCGAACUUGAGGAUGAGGACAAGCUCACAAAGGAGCGAGAGGCGAAGAAGCAAACUCAGAACCAGAAGAAGAAAGCUAAGAAAAUACUUCAAAAACAAGCCCGCGACGAAGAGCGAGCUGCCAAAGCAGCCGAGAAGGCUGCAGAGGAGGCCGCUGCAAAGGCUAAGCAAACAGCUCAAGAGGACGCGCAGCGGAAGAAACGCGAAGAAGAACGUGCUCGUCGUGAAGCUGCUCGGAAAGCUGCAGACGAAGAGAAACAACGUAAAGAGGAGGAGCGUCGUAAACGCAUUGCGGAGGAAAAGGAGCGAGAGGCCGAGCGGGAACGUAAACGCAAGGAAAAGGAAGAGAGGGUCAAGCAGGAGCGCCGUGAUCGGGAAGAAAAGGAGCGCAAGGCCAAGGAGGAGAGGGAUGCCAAGGCAACUGCUGAAAAGGCUGCCCGAGACGCCGCCCGAAAGGAGCAACAAGAGAAGGAUGAACGCGAGAGAAAGCUUGCCAAAGAAAGGGAGGAGAAGGAGAAAGCGGAAAAGGAACGGGUUGCCCAGCAGCAACGAGCUGGCAAGCAUACCCGUCCAUCAACCUCUCCCCGUCCUCCAGGCUCUACGCAACGCACUCAGAGUAACAACGGACCAUCUAAGAAAAUUCUCAGCAAGCCCAUCCCCAUCACCCCCACCUCGUCCGGAAGUACGCCACGGUCGUCGCUGCAGCAGACCCCACAGCAGCCGCAACGUCCCGUGUUGUCUAAUUCUCAACCCGCAACUCCUGUGGCACCCUCCGUGCAAAAUCAUUUUCCUCCGCCCACCACUCCUCAUUAUCCUGUCGCUCCUAGCAUGAUGCCUCCACUUCCCGGUGCGUUGUCCCCUCGCCUACCCUUUGCGCAACCUCCACCUCCAUUUGGACUGUUCGGUCCAGGACCAUCAAUGCCACCUCCAGGACCUCCUCCGAACCUCGGUCCAUCUGCCCUUCCUCGCAAUUUCGGCUCGCCUACUUCCUUCGAAUCAGGCUUUAGCCGUCCUUUGGCUCCGACAAUACCCAUUGGACCGCCUUCGAAAGUUUCGCAGAAUCUUCUUGGUUCACCAACCAUACUGGCACCAGGGCCUCCGAAGCGAACGUCUAUACCGGACCCGGGGCCUGUUGCACGGCCGGUUUCUAUUGUUCCAAUAGCACCACCUGCACCUAUCGCGCCCCCCGCACCCAUUGCAAGGCCAAUGACAGGGGAGACAUCUGGGUCAGGCUCAGGUUCUCCUAGUCGUCGCUCUCCAAGUCCGAAGGGUAUCCUUGGAUCUUCUGCUCUUGCAGCUGAUGAUGAUGAGGUCGUUCCUCCGCCAGGACGGCGCAUUGCGCCGGGUGCAGUGGGCCAGUCGUGGGGUGCUAAUACCAGUCCACGGGCCGUCGUUGGAGAUAACCGGCCUCCUUGGGGCGCACCCGCGCCCCCAGGGUUUGGCUCGCCUCGUCCUCCAAUCGGACCUUCAUUGUGGGGAAGUGUGAACCCCACAUCUGAUUGGCAGGCACCUGGAACAUUCUUUCCGAAUUCUUUCGUGAACCAUAUUAACUCAUCCCCGCCCCCUCACACAGGUUAACUUGGAUAUGGCGGGUAGCUAGUCUUUCGUUUUGAUUCCUCUUGAUACGCUCCCUAGUGCUCUUCUCUUUUGCUCUAUUUGCAUCAAUGUUUGCGAUCAAACAAGGAGAAAUACAUUAUAAAAAGAUGUCA